AUGUCCUGUUCGGGAGCAAUUAUAUCCAAAGAAUGGAUACUGACGGCGGCUCAUUGUUUUACCGUUAGCGAAUGGCACGGUUUAAAAGCCACCGAAAUCAGGGCUGUCACCGGCCUAGUGAAUUAUGUAAAACCUACAAAGUACACACAAAACAGAACGGGAAAAGAAGUUCACCGGCAUCCGAACUACAAAGUAAGCAGAAUACAUUACGCACGGAUAUACUUUAAACAAUAGCGCGACGGUUGGGUGUUGUUUGUUAGGAGAAACAAGUUGCCAAUGACGACUUAGCUCUUAUUAGAGUCAAACCGUUUGAUUUGACGAUUGCCGUUGAUAUCAUUCGCCUAUCGGACCAGGGAUUUUCGGUAAACGAUUAUGUGCCGUGUAUGGCCGUUGGUUGGGGAGAAAUCAACGUGCCGCCCGGUAGACAAAACACAAUCUUGCACAAACUCAAGGUGUUUUCUUCGAUGUCGGCUAAGGCGUGCCCGCACCUAUCGCCUUGGGAAAGAGCGAAGAUCAUUUGUUUACAACAGGAAAACGGCAAAGGACUGUGCGACGGCGACUCCGGCGGUCCACUUGUCUGUGAAGGUAGUGCACAUUGUAGCUACGAUUAUAAAACGCCCUAGCGUUUAAGAUAUCUGAUAGCAGUCGGUUGCAGGCGAACUGUAUGGCAUUGGUCAUCAAGUGUACAAAGAAAUACACAACGAUUACGAACGGAGAGAUUUAGAACGUUGCGGUGUACCCGGUAUCACUCAUACGUAUAUGUUUGUGUGCCCAUAUCUGAAUUGGAUACACCAUUACGUGUCUACUGUGCCGAGUAAGCCAGCAUCUUGUUACCGGAAUUAA